AAAGAAAUAAAAGAUACACACAGACACAGGCUAGAUAAAAGAUAAGACCACAUGUAAGGUUUUGUUGCUACUACAUAGUUUUAACACUCACUUACCACCUUUAUUUAAACAACUCUCUCUCCUUCACUCGAUCAUCAUCAUCAUUUAUCAUAAUCUCUCUCUCCUUCACUCGAAACAUUACAACCAUGUCAAAGUCUCUAGCUGGCUUGGCGGUUUUAGCCGCUCUUUUUAUUACGGUUGAUGCGUUUAAGCCUUCUGGUUUAACUAAUGGUCACGCCACAUUCUAUGGAGGAAGUGACGCUUCUGGAACAAUGGGUGGAGCUUGUGGUUACGGAGAUCUUUACUCGGCGGGGUACGGGACAAUGACGGCGGCGCUAAGCACGGCUCUGUUUAACGACGGAGCUUCUUGCGGAGAAUGCUAUAGGAUAACGUGCGAUUACGCUGCGGACUCGCGGUGGUGCAAGAGAGGAGCGUCCGUUGUUAUCACAGCCACAAACUUUUGCCCACCAAACUUUGCUCUGCCUAACAACAACGGUGGUUGGUGCAAUCCGCCCCUCAAACAUUUCGACAUGGCUCAACCCGCUUGGGAAAAGAUCGGUAUUUACAGAGGUGGAAUCGUUCCCGUCGUUUUCCAAAGAGUAAGCUGUUACAAGAAAGGAGGAGUGAGAUUCAGAAUAAACGGAAGAGACUACUUCGAGCUAGUGAACAUUCAAAACGUAGGAGGAGGAGGUUCGAUUAGAUCUGUCUCCAUUAAAGGAUCAAAGACUGGUUGGUUAGCCAUGUCUCGUAAUUGGGGAGCUAAUUGGCAAUCAAACGCUUACCUCGAU